UAUGGGCAGGUGAAAUCCGACUGACCGCCAAGAGGAGGACGGACAGCGUUUCCCUCCGUGUCUAUCCAGGAAACUGCCAGUGAAGGAUGGAUGGUGGUUUCCCUUGGCUUAUUGUUGUCUUGUGUGAACAUGUGUGGACAGCCAUCUUUUUUGGGGGCAAAUCGAACCGGUCUAGGCUAGUUUCUGCAUCAGGUGAUACUUUUCGCCAUCUUCCUUAUGGGCACUUUGCUUUUUGUUAUUAUCCACUGAUCCUAAUGAAGCCUCCGUGUCCGCCAUAUUUGUUUUGGGCGGCCCCGGAAAGGGGGUGGGGACUGGCUAGCGGAAGUGACGUAGGGCACCGCCAUACCUUUUGAGGGCGGUGACGGCGCCCGGCCAUCCAUGCUGGCUCCGGGCACGUGAGUGGAGGCGGCGUUGUGGACCCGGGGCGCGGAUGGCGUCGGGGCGGCCCGAGGAGCUGUGGGAGGCUGUGGUGGGGGCUGCUGAGCGCUUCCGAGCCCGGACUGGCACAGAGCUGGUGCUGCUGACUGCUGCACCCCCACCUCCACCCCGCCCAGGGCCUUGCACCUACACUGCCCAUGGCCGCGGGGCCCUGGCUGAGGCCGCCCGCCGCUGCCUCCACGACAUUGCUCAGGCUCACAAGGCAGCUGCUGCUGCCCGGCCCCCCGGGCCCCCACCAGCCCCACAGCCACCCAGUCCUGUUCCCAGCCCACCCAGGCCCUCGCUGGCCCGAGAGGAGGAGGAGGAAGAUGAGGAUGAGCCCACAGAGACAGAGACUUCUGGAGAGCGGCUGGGCGGCAGUGACAAUGGAGGGCUCUUCGUGAUGGACGAGGAUGCCACCCUCCAGGACCUGCCCCCAUUCUGUGAGUCAGACCCUGAGAGCACAGAUGAUGGAAGCCUAAGUGAAGAGACCCCAGCUGGCUCCACCACCUACUCCGUGCCCCCUGCCUCCGCACUGCCCACCCAGCAGUAUGCCAAGUCCUUGCCUGUGUCCGUGCCUGUCUGGGCCUUCAAGGAGAAGAGGGCAGAGGCACGGUCCUCGGAUGAGGAGAAUGGGCCGCCUUCCUCGCCCGACUUGGACCGCAUCGCGGCCAGCAUGCGCGCACUGGUGCUGCGGGAGGCCGAGGACACCCAGGUCUUUGGGGACCUGCCGCGGCCACGCCUCAACACCAGCGACUUCCAGAAGCUGAAGCGGAAGUACUGAGGCCCGGGGAGCGAGGUUCCCGGGCAGCGACCGCCCCGCCUCACACUACGCCCCCGCCCCGCCCCCGAGGCCCGCCAAUCGCAGUGGGUCCCGGCCCGGCAUUGGGUUGGCCCAGCCAAUCCCCGAUUCCCUUCCGGCUCACCGCCUCCGCGGGAGGGGCGGGACCGCACUGUUUCCUGAUUGGUUUGUCGGCCCCUUUUCUGCCCAGCGACAGCGUUUUCCCGCGGUGGGGUUGGCUCACUCCUCGUGGGCGUGGCUAGUGCUGAGGCGCUGUCGUUCUUACGAGCCAAGUUUCAAAACCAAGUCGCACGACCGCGGCUCCCAACCCCGAAAACGCCCGGCUGAGCCCCAGGAUUGGCUAGUGGCGUCCACGGCCUGGUGACUGGGCAGCUCUUCCACGCGAUUGGCGCGCGGAGGCGUGGCCAAGUAUCCCCCCUCCCUCCCCUUGAGCCCGAAUCCACUAAUUCACACUACUGGGGUUGGGUCAUUGUUUUGCCCGUCCUGACAAUUGUACCCCUAUCUCUCAGGGAUGGCCCAUCCUGUCCCUGGGUCUCAUUGGUCUCGUCCCACAACAGCCUGCCAAACAAUCUCGUCCUUGCAUUCAGGACAGUACCAGCUCUCUCUCGCUCCCCCUACCCCCACAGGUGCCUUAAAGGGCCCUCGUCCACCCUAGGUGGGGGGCAGGGGCUUCACUCUCCUGCCCUGUCGUGGGGAAGAGAGUGGGGGUGGGAUUCGGGAGUUGGGAGGGGCGCUCUAAGAUUAAAGUUUUACCUCUGAAUAAACGAGUGUCAG